AUUUACAUUAAAAUUGAUGGCCUGGUGAAGUAGUUUGUGGUACGCGGUAGGUUGUACGACAGUCAUAAAAUUCGUGUAAGGCUCAAUAUAAAUUAUGUCUGGCAGAGGUAAAACUGGUGGUAAAGCCCGCGCUAAGGCAAAAUCUCGCUCUUCUCGCGCCGGGUUACAGUUCCCAGUGGGCCGUGUUCACAGAUUGCUGCGCAAAGGCAACUACGCAGAGCGAGUUGGUGCUGGGGCUCCCGUUUACCUGGCUGCAGUGCUGGAGUAUCUGACCGCUGAGAUCCUGGAAUUGGCUGGCAACGCUGCCAGAGACAACAAGAAGACUAGGAUCAUCCCCCGCCACCUGCAGCUGGCUGUCCGCAACGACGAGGAGCUGAACAAGCUUUUAGGCGGCGUAACCAUCGCACAAGGUGGAGUUUUACCCAAUAUCCAGGCUGUGCUGCUGCCCAAGAAAACCGAGAAGCCAGCAAAGAGCAAGUAACCAGGAUUUAAUCGAAUGCACAUCCACCAAAGGCUAUACAGAGCCGCCCACUUCAAUAUUAAGAGCUUUUCCUCCGUUACUGCCUAACGGUCCAUGUCAAUUGGCCUUUCUACCGAACUGGUUUUGGGGGCGCCUGUAAAUGGACUCCAACCACUUGUCAUUUUAAAUUGAACUCCGUCUUGUUGCUACACGUACCAUUUCCUAUUUGGACAUUUCUCGCGGAUUUUAAGACUAGGCUACCUUGCACUUCGCGGUGAAUGUUUAUUUGAAGAUAAAGGCAUGCAAAGCCACAUCGCUACGUUCGCACACUUUAUGGACAGCAAAAGCUAGCCGAACUCAAAUGGUGACGCUUGUCUGCAAGGAAAUAACAAUUUGUUAAUGGACCAACUGAUUUUAUUUGUAACUAAUGCUGUACAUCAACUAUUUUUGUGGAAAUGUAGGAUGUGGUAUAACCUUGUCAGUUUAAAAUGUGUUAUCAAUAAACUGUUCGAUUUAUUUCUUUAAUAAAUGCCCAGUACUGUU